AAAGCUUGGCAUUUUAAGUUUUAAAAGCACGAUUUGGUUUUAAGGCAUGGGUCCUGUAAACAGCACAUGCCCAAUUUUGCUCACAUGAGCAAUUCCAUUGAAUUCCCUGGUACUAGUUGCAUAUGAAAAGCCAGGUCUGUAAUGUAUGUCUUUGUGGGGCCAGGACCUCUACUCUUCAUUUCUAAAUGAGAAAUUGUCUAUAAAACAUUCAUGGUCACAAAAGAUAAUCGUUUUAGAUUUGGAACCAAGUAAGUAUCUGUCUCUUAGUUUACUGCGUUUGUGUCAAAACACUUGCCCAGUACUAAACAUAAAAAUAUGACUUUCCUAUAAGUCAGCAGCAAAACUGCUGUUGUGUCAAUAGAUGGAUUUCUCCCUGAACUUAAUCCAGGAGAUGUGCAGCAGAAUAGGGAGCUCAGUGUUCUCCGAUGGAAUUCAUCCUGGACAGCAAAACAUCAUCUGGGCUGUUGGGAUUGUUGGGUCUUGGGACCAGAGCCCAUGAACAACUGCAUCAGCUCACCCCCUCUGUGAUAUAGGGGAAUCAUCGAUAGCUCUGAACUUUGGGUUGUCGGAUGCAGUGGAACAGGCGAUCCUUACGAUAAAUGGAUUUUUGCUGCCUUUGCAUUUGAAAUAUUGGCAAAACCCGUAGGUUUUCAGAUGCUGAAAAAAGUUGAAGUAGGAGCUGUGAUGCUCUAGUCUCCUGCCUUUGUAUAUUUCUUGAUCUUUGCCCAAAGAUAAUACAAAAUUAAUAGUAUGAAUGAUUGGUCCCACACAUGCCUGUUAUGGCUUUUAAUGUGCAUUGCUUUUUUGGAUGCCUGGUUCCCUCUUCACUUCCCUGUCUAUCUCUCUUGCUCCUCCCCCACAAUUUAGAGAAAAAAAGUUCUUUAAAUAGCAAGCUCUCUGCUUUUGUGAUGUACCGGGCAGCCUUCCUAGCAUGGCCUGGGUUACCACAAGAGCAAUCAUGAAACCUUGUUUACAGCUAUCAGGUUGGUCGUGAUUUCUUUGUGGGCAUUAUUUCACCACAUCUUCCCCCCCCCCCAUAUAUUGCUAUCCAGUCGUCUUGCAUGUUCCUGAUGCUUCACUUGUAAUAUUAAUGAGCCCUUACAGGGCAUACAGUGCUUUCUUUGUUCUUAUAGGAGCUGAUGGGGAGGGGGAGUGGGUGCUGCUGUGAUACAUGGAACAGAGCUGGUUUUACUUAGCCUGCAAACAUGCUGAAGAACUGGAACCAGCGAUGCAAAGGCAGGCAGCAAGCGUCGAGAGCUGCAGGCACCUUUUCCCCCAUCCCAGCACGCAUGCAAACAAGACCCCGUAUAGUUAAAGAUUUAAAGGCCUUUAUUUUAAUGGUGAAAUCGUGCGCAGGGGUCGGCGGCGGCACUGGGAUUGGUGGCGGCGGAUGGCGGCUCCAGGUGGCACGCGCUGACAGCUGGGUCACAUGAUGGCUGUCAGCGUUGCCUUUUCCACCCCUCUGCCUCCGCUCUCCCGGGCUCCAGCACAAGCAUCCCGUCGCUUCCAGGAAUGUGAAGGCUGGGGGUGCAGUCUGGAAGGAGGCCGUGUUGCUUUGCCCGACCCCCCCCCGCCCCUUCUUGUCCGAGCAGGCUGAAUUCCCGACGGUCGCGGCUUGUGGAGGUGCAGGACGGCAGCCACAGUUGCCAGGGGACUUGGGUCAUGAGACUCAACUCCGAUCGCGUUUGCUAGAGGAGGAUAGAUGGGACUGACAUGUACGCUCCGGUGGCUGCCAAAGCAGCACUUAGCUUCCUGAUGAAUUAGAUUGAUCUCCUCUGCAGCAAUACACUGGAAGAGACAAAGGAGCGGGGGAAGACGGGCGCUAUUUACUUGAGCAGAAAUCCUGGGCUGUGCAACAGAAUGGAGGGGCAGGAUUUGGGUUAUGAAACUCCAGGGCAGUGCAAAGGCAGCCUGGUGCAAACGCCUAUAUUGCGCUUCAGCGAACUGCUUUCUUUAAGGUGGUUUUUGUGAUCCUGUUGCUAGGAUUAAGCCUUUUGCAUUGCAGCAUGGAGAGUCUUUUGUUUGAGUUAAAUUCAGACCUCUUGAUAUGUCACCUGACAGUCUUGUGGUUUUGGAUGAAUAUGGCUCAUUGCUAUUAUUAACCUGAGUUGGCAGCCAGGCACAACAGGAGUUUAUAGGGAUUUUGAAAAGUGGAACUGCUCGGUGGACAAAGAUGCUUCCCAGCUGGCCUUUGCCGGAGUUUGACCCAAGUCAGAUCCGACUGAUUGUGUAUCAGGACUGUGAAAGAAGAGGACGGAAUGUCUUAUUUGACUCCAGUGCUAAAAGAAAAAUAGAGGAUGUUUCAGUGUCGAAACUCUGCAGUGAUGCUCAGGUGAGAGUUUUUGGGAAAUGUUGCCAACUGAAGCCCGGAGGAGACAGCUCUUCUUCCUUGGAUAGUUCAAUCAAUUCAUCCUCCUCGUUCUCUGAUCCAAAAGAACAAUGUCCAAAAUACCAGGGUUCUCGGUGCUCCUCAGAUGCUAACAUGCUUGGAGAGAUGAUGUUUGGCUCUGUGGCCAUGAGCUACAAGGGCUCCACAUUGAAAAUUCACCAGAUCCGCUCACCUCCUCAGCUCAUGCUCAGCAAGGUUUUCACAGCUCGCACUGGCAGCAGCAUCUACGGAAGUCUGAAUACGUUGCAGGACAGCCUUGAGUUCAUUAAUCAAGAUAGCAAUACAUUGAAGCCUGACCACAGUACAAUUAUGAAUGGACUUCUUGGGAAUAUAGGUCUUUCACAGCUUUGCAGCCCUAGGCGGGCAUUCUCAGAGCAAGGUCCGCUCCGCCUGAUCCGGAGCGCCUCUUUCUUUGCAGUUCACAGCAACCCUAUGGAUAUGCCUGGGAGGGAGCAGAAUGAGGACAGAGACAGCGGUAUAGCAAGAUCUGCAUCUCUUAGCAGUCUGCUCAUCACUCCGUUUCCAUCUCCGGGCUCUUCGUUUAACAAAAGCUGUGCUAGCAGUUACCAGCGGCGUUGGCGUCGCAGUCAGACUACCAGCUUGGAGAACGGGGUCUUCCCUCGAUGGUCCAUGGAUGAAAGCUUUAACUUGUCAGAUGACAGCUCUGGUCCUAGCCCAGGAAUUGUUAGGAAGAAGAAGAUAGCAAUUGGAGUUAUUUUUUCACUCUCAAGAGAUGAAGAUGAAAACAACAAAUUUAAUGAGUUCUUCUUCUCACACUUUCCUCUUUUUGAGAGUCACAUGAACAAACUGAAGAGUGCAAUAGAACAGGCUAUGAAAAUGAGUCGUAGAUCAGCUGAUGCCAGUCAGCGGAGUUUGGCAUAUAACAGAAUUGUUGAUGCCCUUAAUGAAUUCAGAACGACUAUUUGCAAUCUCUACACGAUGCCACGGAUCGGGGAGCCUGUCUGGCUUACUAUGAUGUCGGGGACACCAGAAAAGAACCAGCUUUGCCAUCGCUUCAUGAAGGAAUUCAUUUUCUUGAUGGAAAAUGCUUCUAAAAACCAGUUUUUACCCGCUUUACUGACUGCAGUCCUGACUAACCACUUGGCCUGGGUCCCUACCGUCAUGCCGAAUGGCCAGCCGCCUAUAAGAAUCUUCCUGGAGAAGCAUUCUUCCCAGAGUGUGGACAUGCUGGCCAAAACUCAUCCAUACAACCCACUGUGGGCGCAGCUCGGUGACCUGUAUGGGGCUAUUGGAUCACCUGUGAGAUUAGCGAAAACAGUUGUGGUUGGCAAAAGGCAUGACCUCGUACAGAGAUUGCUUUAUUUCCUUACUUACUUCAUCAGAUGCUCUGAACUUCAAGAGACGCAUCUUCUAGAAAACGGGGAAGAUGAAGCUAUUGUCAUGCCUGGAACUGUUAUAACUACCACACUGGAGAAAGGAGAAGUAGAGGAAUCUGAGUAUGUGCUUGUCACAAUGCACAAGAACAGGGGCAACUUGCUGCCAACGGAGUCUGAAGAAAUGAGAACUCCUAACUGUAGCUGUAAAUAUUGCAAAUGUCCGAUUUCCCUUGCACAAAACAUAGAAGGUGUUUCACAGCAAGAGAGAGAAGACGCACAAAACACUCCUAAGGUAGAGUUGGAAUCUUCUUCAGAUGAGAACAGAACUAUUGUUCCUGAUGAUUGCCAGGAAGAUGCUGUUGAUGUUAAGCAACCGAGACCCUGCUUGGACACACAGCUAGAGACCGUGGUGUGCACGGGGUCAGCUUCACCAGAAAAACGUGUAGUGAUGGAAUCUGGUUUGGAGCCAGCAGCAAACGUGUGGAGGAACGAAGACUCGCUGGAAUCGGGCAACCAGGCAGUCAGUGUAACAAGGUCACCCGGUAUUGCUGUGGAAAAGAAGCCGCCGGAUAAGCUCUUCUGCGAUGCGUUUCCUUGCAGUGCUGCUGAAGCUCAGACAAAGGUGACUUUCCUCAUUGGAGAUUCCAUGUCACCCGAUUCAGACAUUGAACUGAGAAGUCAGGCAGUAGUGGAACAAAUUGCUAGGCAUCACAGCCCGCCAGCAACGGAGGAAGGAGUGUCUGCUGAUCAGAACUGUGAAGCUAAACAAACUGUUGAGGACCAAAAUAGAGACUGUGGGACAACUGAACCCUUUCCUCAAGUUGCUAGUGAGCAUCAGAGCUGGAAUCCAAACCAAUACAACACCGAGAGCAUGAGUCUGUUUGAUGAAUAUUUUACUGAUGACAGUUCAAUUGAAACCCGGACUAUUGAUGAUAUUCCAGGGCAAGCUGCUACAGACCUUCUUGCUCACAACAGUAGUUUAGAGUUUUCUAAAAAGCUGUGUACAAAGACUAGCAAACCACCUAGUGAAUUUUGUAAAUUUAUGGACUCUGCUCAACAAGAGACCUACAAAAACUGCUUUAAUGAGCAGGACCAAAGAGACAAAAUCUCUAUUCGUGUCCCCCAUGGGGACAGGGAAAAUGUAGAGAAAAAAGUCGCCCCGGGAAUUGAUUGGGACAUUCCAAGAAAUGAGAGUUCAGAUAGUGCCCUGGGUGACAGCGAAAGUGAGGAUACAGGUCAUGAUCUAACUAGACCAAGCAGUAACUAUUACGGAGGAGAACAAGAAGAUUGGGCAGAAGAGUAUGAGAUUCCUUUCCCUGGGUCAAAAUUAGUUGAAGUGAACUCUGUCCAGCCCAGUAUUGCCAAUUUUGGAAGAUCCUUGCUAGGUGGCUACUGUUCAUCUUAUGUCCCUGACUUUGUUUUGCAAGGAAUAGGAAGCGAUGAAAAGCUGCGGCACUGUUUGGUGUCAGAUUUGUCUCAUGCUGUGCAGCAUCCUGUUCUGGAUGAACCGAUUGCAGAAGCCGUCUGCAUUAUUGCAGACAUGGACAAAUGGACGGUGCAAGUGGCCAGUAGCCAGAGACGAAUGAUUGAUAAUAAGCUGGGAAAAGAAGUGUUAGUCUCGAGUCUCGUGUCCAACCUGCUUCAUUCCACUCUUCAGCUUUACAAGCAUAAUUUAUCUCCAAACUUUUGUGUCAUGCACCUGGAGGAUCGGCUGCAGGAGCUCUAUUUCAAAAGCAAGAUGCUGUCCGAGUAUCUCAAGGGCCAGAUGAGAGUUCACGUCAAGGAGCUGGGCGUGGUGCUGGGGAUUGAAUCCAGCGACCUCCCUUUACUGGCAGCUGUAGCAAGCACUCACUCUCCGUAUGUUGCCCAGAUACUACUUUAAAAUGCCAGAGGCCAUAGACGUUGACUUUUUUCCCCUCUGGAAACAAAGUGGAAGACAACUUGUUCUGGCUCCUUUCUCUUUGAAGCAACAAAACCAGACUGCUCGUUGAGCUGCAGCACCUCCAUAUAUGACUGCCCGUUAUGCACACAGUUGGAGGCUUUUCCUCUCCCACUUGGUCAUUUAUAAAAAAGGAUAAAGAAAGGAAAAAAGAAAAAUGAGUAAGCCCGAGAUUUCAACCACAGAAAAGCAAAGAUUUUAGCAAAAGCUGAAGAUUGGCAUUUUUUAUUGGUUUCUGCCACAAUGGCUAACUGUAAUUUAUAUUGGAGAACGUGAGGAAGAACUGCUUUGAGAAAUAUAUGAUGCUAUUGCCAGUUAUAAACUUAACAGGAGAAUGCAGCAGCUGUCUUCAGACUGGCUUCUGCUGAUUAGGAUCUCGUUAAGAUCUGUAACUCUCAAGCUGCAAUGAUUUGUAAACAACUUCUACUUUUUCAUGUCAUAGUCAAAUUCUGGAUACUUCCCAGAGGAAGAACGGGGGGUGGGGGGUUUGUUUUGUUUUGUAAAAAGCUUAUUAAUGAUGCUCAGCUCCAAAAUUUAUUUAUGAUCUUUCUCCUGGGGAGAGGGAAUAGUGGGGGGGAUGGACAGGGAGGAGGGAGGAGGCGGCCAACAGACAAACUAGCGAGGGAGAUUGUCCUUUUCUUGGCCAGAUGUUGUAACCAGUAUUAAAUGUUUAUAAUGUUUAAAUGUUGCUUUAUACUAAGUGAUGCUUUUCUUCCACAAUGUAAUCAAAAUGUUAAAAAAACAAAAAAAACAAAUGUAAAGCAAAUGCUGGCUGAAAUUUCCCCAUGGGCUCCCCACAAUGACACGACUAUUACCUCUAACUUUUUUAUGGUCUAUAAUGUUCUUGCAACAUCCUAUUCUUUUUACAGCAGUCAGUCAGCUAUUGAAAUAAGGAACUAGAAAUAAUUGUACCAAAGCAUUGGGGAAAAACCGAAUACACUAUUACCCUUAAUUGCUCAGGUAACUAAUUGAUAUAUUUUUUAAAACCAUUCUACAAAAAAUGAACAUUGAUUACACCAUAGUGUAGUAAUAUCAAAAUUAUUUUUUGAGAAAUAUACCCUUGAUGCAGACGACUCUAAUCCCUUUUCUACUCACUUGUGUAAUUACCAGCAGGAAAUGUUGUUUAUUUUAUUCUCAGCAUUUCUCCUCUACUCAGCCAUCACUGUUUUGUCAUUGUAUAUACAAUAGUUGUACGAAUAGCUGAUGGACCCAAUCUGGUGUAAGUAGUGUAAAUAUACAGUGGUAGGUGGAUUGUGUUUUCAAAGGCUCUACUACCUCAGUUUAACUGGACACUUCAUUAUAGGCUUUUCUUUGCGUAUUUGUCCUGGCAGCCAAUUAAUGUUGCUGAUUUUUAGGUUCUGUUUUCAUCUGUUGCGUUCAGUAUAUUGAAAUUUGUGGAUUAUCCGCAGUAGGAGAUACGUGUUCACUUGGUCGCUAAACUCUAUAAACAGUUCUAUAAAUACAUCAUUGUGUAAUAAUCUUUUCAAUAGUAUAGCACGCCUGCUAUUGUUUUUUGCAGAGUUAUUUUAAAUACAAUUCUAUUUUAACCAUUUGAUAAACUUGAAAACAAUAGGAGAGAUCCCUGCCCCACAACUGUCGACAAAACUCUCCUCCCUUCCUUCGCUGGGGCCAGGUUUUCACCCAGAGUGGUUUUUCAGUAAUAUUUAAAAUCUGUAACUUUUAAGACUGUGUUCCAGGGAAGAGUGACAUGGCAAACCCACACCCCUUCCCGCGUGGGACUGAGUCUACGGUAGUAAGUAAACCAGCCGUGAAUAGAGGCAGUGUCAUUUGAAACUCUUCUGUAUAUAAAAUUGAAUGCUGACUGCUGCGAGGAAGAAACUUGUGUUUAAGCUCUGAUCUAAGGAUACGUUUCUCCCCUAUUCUUCAAAUGUCCUUUCUUCACUGCACAAUUAUAUUCAUCUGGCUUUCGGAAUGAGCACAAAACAUAGGGGCCCAGUUGCAUAAACACAUUUUUAAUGAAAUAUAGGAUUGAGCUCAGAAUAUGACUUUUUAACUCUUUGCUACGAUACGUUAUAUAGCCAAUAGUUACAAUUCUGAACAUUGUACAUAGAUUUGCAGUUGUAACUUGAGCAUGUUGGUGCCACCGGGUGCUGGCGUUGCAGUCCCGGCUGAGGAACGCCGAGGACGUAUCCUGCCCUUGCUUCCACGGAGGCUCUGUCCUGUCUGCGGAGCCGUCUGCGGCACCGUCACCUUGACACCUCCCAGGACUGCGCUCUUAACGCGUCAGUACAGGAAAAUACCAUCUUGUCCUACACUUACUCAUGAUUAGGGAAUUGUUGGUAUCAUUUUGAAGUGGAUUUGACUCUCAAGAAAGGCCCUUGCACAGCUUGAAAUUAGUAUUAACUUGAGAAGGUGAGAACAGCGGCGGUUCAGUGGCAUCCUUCUCUGCUGUCUUCUGCCCAACGCAACCCGCUCACGUCGUCGUAACGAUGUGUUUGGGCAGCCCCGGAUGAAGCAGCCACGGAUGCAGCUUCUUCCUCGUGUGCCCGCCGGUGCUGGUCCCUACAGAGCCCCCGGGUCUGAGCAGCGGCUCUCGGCGCGGCAGCACCCUCCCGAGCAGUAUUGUGGUUAAAACCCAACGAAAACCCUCAUGUGAUGGGAAGUUACUCUGUAAGUUAACUUUUAGGGUACGUGAACAAUGUGGUACGUAUGUCUGUUUGUUAAAUAAUACAAAAAGGGAUCUUUUACAGAACUAUAGCAUCGACUUUUAAAAAGUAUAUCGCGAUUGUUUUAUGUGAAUAGAAAACUAAUGUUUGAUUUCUUUUUUCCACUAUUACCAAUCUCCAUUAACAUGUCUUAAUUUUCUGGCUGAAAACUACGUGUACUAGGCACACAAAUUAGCAAAUUUGUCUUUGUUGCGAUUGGCGAACACUGGGCUGCUAAGAACAAAAAAUAUUUAAAAGAAAGGAUUUUACACCUUGCAUAUGUUUUCCCUAUUAGUUAUUAUAAACGUUUUAUGACAAUUUUUUGCUUUCUCUAAAUUAUUUAGAUGGUGGUACUUGUAAAAUGCUGGGUAAAAUGUACAUACUUGUUAUCUCUUCUGUUUUUGUAUAUAUUUCCCAAGAUGUGCACUUGUAUUAUAAUAACCAUUCCCAAUUUUAGGGGAAAUUUGUGCAAUAAAUACAGUAUGUCAAUUUA